AUGCCCCCCGAAGAGGCUCCAGCCGGCAGCGAAAGCCGUACUUCUUCGCAUUAUCUCUCUCUGAGAUCCCGCCGCUCCAAUCGAUACCUGGCUGAUGCAACCAAACAAUCAGCCCACCACGACGAGCCUCCGCUUCCACUGCAGCAAUAUGCGCCCCAACACCUGCUGCUGCAGCUGCCGCAGCAGACCCUCACGCCCAAAUCCUCGAAGCGAAGUCUUCGAUCUAUCUUUAGCCGCUCAAAACUCACAAAGGACAAGGCCGAGCAGCCAACGACUGCCCAGCCUUUACGCCAGUCGGACUUGAGCAUCGUAGAAACUGCUACGCCCGACAAUCGCACUGCUUCCAAUGUACAUAUUCCUCUUGCCACAGAGCCACAGAACUCGCCUUCCUCUGCCAAAAGGGCCUCGUCCGUGCCGAGAUCCCGGUCUAUUCGUCGCCAAAGCCAUGCGCUACCUCCUGUAAUGCCUACCCGCAAGGCCUCUGUCCAGGACAACACAUCUCGCGACUCGCUUGCAGCUUGGGAAAUGCCACCGCUUUUCAAGGCAUUCCCGCAGACCAUUCGUCAAGCCACCCUACCUACCGUCACUAUGUCUACAGAAAUGGUUUUGCGACUUCACGAAAAGAAUGUAUCGGCCGCAGUGGCAGCUGAGCAGCUAACAAUAGAGGAGCGCACCUCCAGAGAAAAGACCAAGAAGAAGCAUGGCAAGAACCCGUCUUUGUCAAACUUGCACUGGACCUCCAAAAUAUACCUUUUGACUACUUCGGGGCACCUGUUGCAGUAUGCCGGUGCUGGCAACUAUGACCGCCUGCCAGAAAAGGUCCUGAAGCUGAGCCAAACGUCUGCUGCAUUUGUUACAGACUCGAUUCCGGGAAAACAUUGGGUUCUUCAGGUCUCAUCCGAACCUGACGCCGUGAUCCCUGCGAAUGAAUCAAAGUCGAUCCUCUCUAAACUAUCAAUUCUCGGCGGUGACAAGCGCGCAACCGCCAAUAUCUUGAUGGUGUUUGAAAGCCCUGAUGAUUUGGACAGCUGGAUGGCUACCCUGCGCGGUGAAAUCGAGAAACUCGGCGGCAGGCGCAAACUCUCCGAAACUGGCGUACCUGAACCACCGGCAGCCCGAAGACCGGCCCCCAGAACCAUGGUCGUGCGAGACUCGAUGCGCUUCUCUAGGAGUCCCAGCCGCCACCAAGAAAGCAGCGGCGACGACGACUUGACACUCAAAGUGAGCGACUUCCAGCACAGCAGAGACCAGAGCUUGGACGAAAUAUCGACCACCAACAGCAUUGUAUCCCAGGAUGGUCAGCAACUUGAUAACUUGCGAGACAGCAAUGGGAACCGCCUUUCCUUUGCCUCUGCCGAUAGGAGAACUGCAGUUACCUCAGCUGCCUCGACUCCAGAGCGCUCUCCUAUUGUCGACACUUUUCCUCGCGACUCGUCCGAAACCUGUGACUCACGCGAGUAUACCCAUGGCUCAAAGAAGGGUGAUGUUAAGCCUCGACCCAAUGCCUCUGUCAUUGCUAGCCGACGCUCUACCAUGCAAAACGCCGGUCUGUUUAUUGACGUGAGCUCUGAAAAGCGCAAUUCUCAAUCCGAGGAGGACCCUUUCUCAUACAAGUCAAGCGAGGGCCCCGAGUCUCCUACGAGCCUUGUUGCCCCCAACUUCAGCGUACCGCAGUCGUCAAACCGACGAUUCUCUCAUAUGCGCAUGAACUCGACCACUUCGCAGUCACCCCCUUCACCAAACACCGCCACGUUUGCAUCGCGUCUGAUUCGAUCCAAACCACCUCCUGUGCUACGGUCGUCGCGGCCUCUGUCCAUGGUUACUGACCACAAAUCGCCCAGAGCUGAGCUGCCUGCCAGGCCACCCACUGCUGACGGGACUAGCCAUCACAGACUGUCUCCUGUCAAGGAGCAGGUCAGAGAGCAACGGCAGCGUUGCUCGAGGCGACAUAGCCCGCGCAGCUCUGCAGACGCUAAAUCGGAUAUAUCAUCUCCACGCUCUAGCUUGGCCAUGAGCGAUCGAGUUACAUCCCCCUUACCCGGCUAUCGAAUUAGUCCCCGACGAAGCCGACCUCCCGUUGCGAGCUUGCGCAAGAGCAGCCCUGAAUCUGAUAUGCACGCCAUGCGCACCUCUAAGCGCCUUCCUUCCACACCUCAUGAAUUGGCGAAUGCGCCAGUUUUUGCUUGGACAAGGGACAUGUCUCGCCGGCAAUCUACAGCAGGAUCAUUCCCUUGCGAGCCGCUUGCGCUACAGAAAGAGAUGAGACGAGCGAGCAUCAACACAGGCUUUACACCGCUUGGACACCGUCGCCACUCUUCAGAUGAGAUGCGACCGGUGUCGGUUCUGCCGCCUAUGCCGCCGCCACCGUCUGGUCCGCUGCCUGCCCUGCCAGAUUACUCGGCCCUCCCGCUCGCGGCCGGUUCUUUGGCGGAGCUAGACAUGCGGGCUCCCAGCGACUUGCCUCUUUCGGAGGCUGGCGAUGUAACAAUGCUGCUCCAACCCAUUUUUAACCUCGUCCUUGGCGCUCUCACUCUCCGGGCGGCGGACGUGGCCUGCCCCGGACCAGCGCCGAAAUCGAAUCCGCGUACAGCCAACGGGGUCGCCUGGAAGGUGCUCACAAAUAAUAUCAGACGACCGAGGGGUCUUGUGCAAGAUUCUCUCGGCAACAUCCUCGUGGUCGAGGGCAAGGGUGUCCGACGCCUCGAGUUGAACGACGCCGAGGGCAUGGAUCUUUGCAUCAAGAACAGCACCCAGCUUAUAGUUGAAGAGACGCUGAACCACGGCAUCGCUCUCACGGCCGACGGCAAGACCUUGUUCGCCUCAUCUUCGACGGAUGUCUACGCGUACAGGUAUGAUGCCAAGACGGGCGUUGCAGGGCCGGCUCGCAACGUUAUUACGGGCAUGAACCAGACCGGACACGUCUCGCGCACGCUCUACAUACCGCCGGCGAAUCCGGAUCUGCUGCUCGUGUCGCGCGGCUCCAACGACAAUGUGGACGCGGACACUGCGGACAUUGAGUCAGGCCGCAGCCAGCUGCGCGUCUUUAGAAUUGCGGACCUCUGGUCGGUGGAGAAUUCGAUAGACAACUUGCACCGCUUCGGCGCCGAUAUUCAUAACAGCAAUCCUGGCGAGGAGAUGAACUUUCACGGGCGACCCAACGACACAGAGGGGUACCACUAUGGCCGCAAUUUUGGCUACCCAGGCUGCCUGUCCAUGUUUGACACGACGAACGUGGAGAAAUAUGCCGACGGUACCCGUGAGACAGUCAUAGGAGGGCAGUUUAAAGGGGAUUUCCUUCCGCAGUACUCGGACCUGUGGUGUCGACGACACGCCACGCCGCCGCGCAUUACAUUUGGCUCGCACCUAGCGCCGCUGGAUAUCCAAUUUCUCCACGAUGGGAGCGCGGCGCUUAUUUCAUUUCACGGAAGCUGGCAAGUCAAAAUUGGAGCCCCUCUCGACGCUGGGCUUUGGCUGACUCUCAUGACUAGGAACCGCCAACCGCCUAACGGCUAUCGUCUCAGCCGCGUCUCGUUUGCUAAUGGCAACCCAAGGAAGCGAUCGCACGCGGGGGAUGCAGAGGAGAUGCUCAUGUGGAACGCGUAUAACUCGGACUGCCGCAAUCACUGCUUCCGCCCCGUGGGCCUGCUGCUGGACAAGCAGGGUCGGUUGUUCAUGACGAGCGACGCCACGGGCGAGCUGUUCCUCGUGACGGGUACGCAGAACAAGGGCGUCCCGUCGAAUCCGUAG